ACAAAAUUUAAAAACAACUUCGUGGUCACGCUGAUAGUGUUGUUUAUAUUCUGAGAAUGAGAAUUGGCGUCUAAACAAAAUUGACCACGAAUAAAACCGCGUGGUUGCUGCUUGGUUAUACAUCGCAAUCCAAGUUCUCCGGUAUCUGGUUUUGUGUCGCAGAGGAGAAAAACAACAAAAUGAACUCUAAAAAAUCAAAAGGGACCUCGUUGUUGGACGUAAGGAAAUCUAAAUCAGGAACAAGCUCAUUAGGACAAAUUCACCAGGAUCCAAAGAAACCUGUCCUAAAUGUCCUGAGUAAUUUGAAUGGAAUCAAACGCCAAGGAGAUAGCAUGAUGGACCAGAAACAGAAGAGAAGAGCUGCAUUUGGUGACAUCACAAAUGCUAUCAAUGAAAAUAACACGCUAAAGAAAGAUGCACAGAAAAAAGCCAAGCCACCUGUAGGACUUAAUAUUAAAGUGACCAAAAAGAAGUCAGAAAAGAAAAAGACAGUCAAAACGGAGAACGCUGACCCGGCUUUAGAUGACAUCAUUCAGCUAUCCCAGGAAUCCCUAGUAUCAAGUUCUCAGGACAGUAACAGUUCAUGCAAAAGCAGUUUAACAGAUUUAAGUCAAAUUAGCACUGUGUCAGAAGAUGAAAAAGAAACAGUCCCAGCAACAGUAGAUGAUGUGGACACAGAAAAUCUACAAGACACUGCCCAAUGUGCACUCUACGCACCAUUCAUCUUCAGAUACUACAAAGAAAGAGAGCUGCUGUUUAUGGUUCCCAUGUACAUGGACACUCAGACCACGUUGACCACAAACAUGCGUGCCAUUUUGGUGGACUGGCUGGUGGAGGUGCAGGAGAACUUUGAGUUGAACCACGAGACCCUGUACCUAGCUGUCAAACUAGUCGACACCUACCUCUCAAUCCGACAGGUGCCCAAGGAAAACCUCCAGCUUGUGGGCGCCGCCUCCUUGUUUGUUGCUUGCAAGUUCGAUGAGAGAUGUCCUCCUCUAAUUGAGGAUUUCCUGUACAUUUGUGACGACGCCUACAGGCGGACGGAGUUCCUGGAGAUGGAAAGGACGCUCCUCAAGACGAUAGGAUUUGACAUUGGGAUGCCCUUGUCCUAUCGCUUCCUCAGAAGAUACGCCAAGUGUGCUAGAGCAUCCAUGGAGACACUAACGAUGGCCAGGUAUAUCCUAGAGAUGUCCUUGAUGGAGUAUGAGUUUAUCAAAUACAGGGAAUCAAAAAUGGCUUCCGCAUGUCUUCUGCUGGCAAUGAAAAUGAAAAACGCAGGAGAAUGGAGUUCCACCCUGGAGUACUACACUGGUUACACAGACAAAGACAUCAGUGGUCUUGUCCGGGAACUGAAUGCAAUGAUUGCCUCCCCACCCAAACAGCUAACCACCAUCAGAUCCAAGUAUUCACACAGUGUGUUCUAUGAAGUAGCCAAGGUACCAGCUUUAUCAGAGGAGGCCCUGACAUCUUGAAGCCAUGUUCUCAUUACACUUUGAAGGAUAGAGACAAGUCCUCCUGAAUACCUGCAGAGCUUGAUCUGUGAUAUUCAUGAAAAGCCCAGCAUUCUCUUAACCGGUUGUGUGUUGUGUUUUAAACCUCAGAAGAUCUACAAAGCUCCCCUAAAAUUGAGGAUAUUGUUUCAUGAUAAAUACAGUGAACUUUGUAAUGCAGGUUUUUAAUUGACAGGGAAUGUUUGUACUAAUAACACACGUAGAUAGGUGUUUCCCUUCUUACUAUCCCACUUUAUCUGUUGUACAUAGAAUUAUCUGUUUUUAUGUAGUCAUUUUUAAAACAUUAUUUAUUCAACAAAUUAUUAUUACCAGUACAUCAUAUUUUUUUUUAAAUUCUUAAUGGCAAAAAAUUGGCUAAAUUUAAAUUUUUAUUUACAAGUAUCAACAUUAAAUAAGUUAUCUAGCCUCUUUAUAGAUGAAAUGGGUAAAUAUGAAUCAUGUUAAAUGUGUUUAGUCAGUAGUUGAAUCAUGAAUAUGAUUUGAGCAUGGAGGUGUCGUUUUUACCACAGAAUUAGUCGGUUUACUUGAAUGCGAUAUGGCAGACUUCUGGUAACCAUCAUUAUUUGUUAACAUCUAAAAAAAGGAAGUCAGAAUUUAUAGUCGUAUUAUGAUCAUGUUCCAACAAAUAUAAAAAAUAUAAUAAAUGCAAUAAUUUGUUUUUAAGUAGUCACUUUAUGGUUUACAUUUCCCUUUUUUUAUGUACAUGUAGAUGUUUUCGGAUUAUUUUAUAAUAACUUUUUAUUUAGUUCAUAUUUUUACACAAUACAUGUACUAAAUUUUGCUACCAUCAUUCAGUGUUUUAAGAUAUACACCAAUUGUUUCAAUAAAGAUGUUUCAAACAA